UAUCGAUCUUUUGCAACAUGGACAAUUUUCUGGAGCACCGAAGCCGAUUCCGUGGAGGACCACAGGGCCUGACUCCUUUCCUUUUCUCCGUGCUGGUUGUUAUUCCGGGCACCGCAUCAACCCACAUCCAAGCUGUCAAUAUGAUCGCCAAUCAAACCGUUAAUAAUACAAGGACGUCUAACUGGUAUAAAGAACCUGGAGAAAACGGAACACUGCCAGGAACAUUCAGGCUCUGUUCCAAUGCGUCGGACCCGAACGGACUCCAGGCAGCCAAAGGGCUUGAGAGCUACCUUGACCCUCGUCGUUUGCAGGGAUUGAAGAGCAUAGACUUCUAUGUUCCGCUUCAGCUUCUCCUACAACUUUUCCAACAGUUCCUAGGAAUGAGAGAGUUUAUGGGCCAACACGUAAUUGCCCUACACACUAAUCAAACCAAGAAUCUAACAAUACCCGAGCUGCAGGAUGCUCUCACUUAUGCUUGGCUACCGACUCUCGAGAAGAGCAACUGGAUAUCAACCCGUGCCGAAAUCAUUCAGAUUAACAACGGAAAAGGAAGUUUCUCAUCCUAUGGGUCGCCGAUGACGAUGAUUCUCUAUACGCUACCAGUGUCGGAUGCCUUCUCAUCGGAAUAUUUCUCCCGCAUUCUUCCACGGUAUCCUUGGUUGUACACUCGCAACUCAACCGAUCACGAGUUAACCCGAAUCGCGCCACCGGCGAUCGGCGACUUUAUUCAGCGAUUGCAGCAGAAGGGUUUGCCAGUAUAUGACGGCCCACUUUUUUCCACGACUAGCGUACUGGAAAAUCUAUACCUGCGGGCCAAUUCCACAUCCGGCUACUUCGAUACUGACCAGUUAAAGGCGGAUGUGAUGGACGUCGCUCGACAACUGCGUGUUAAAGAGGGAUGCGGAGAUGCGGACAUGAGCGAUGUGGACGUUCAUUUUGGUCGAUUCAAGCCGCUUAUCAUGCCAAUGAGAAAAGACGGCGCCUUUUCUGAAGAGCCAGUACUGUCCAUGCCGUUUGUCAUCACCGUGCAGCAGAAAAUAUUCGUACCGUAUUAUGUUGACCUGACGGCGGCACUGGCGAGCCAUUCCGAUCGAUAUUACAGACAGGAAUACCCGAAUAACUCCACGGAACUAAAAAUUCCCGGAUUUCGUAUAGCCGAACUACCGCUAGUAGAUCCUAUCUUUUCGUUUCGCAUGUACUUGAAUCGACCGUUGAAUGUGCAGUGGCUACCAGUGCUGGAGAGUCUGAUGACUGCUCGGUUAAGUUCUGACAUAGACUUUGAUGGGCGAGUGGUAGUGCGUUUAUGGGACUUUGAUCCAAACGGCUGGAUUGUCAACUUUUUUGUGGUUCUGCGCCACGCAAAAAUACCGGCGUCACAUAUGCAGUUCUUCGUAGAUGCUAGACUGUCUUUGGCCACCAAUAUCUACCGCAAGCUCGAUGGUUUAGAGCUCCGAUUAUCAAAUGCAAGCACCGCGUAUAGGCUGAUGAGGAAUCCUUAUGCCGGUUCCUGGCAGGAUACGAUUAAAGCAUCGACCCUUGCGCAAUGUAAAGGAGAGAACAUUUGGCCCUUACCGGUGGAAGAACAGCUGUGUCCUCUGAAGAAAACGUUUACGCUGUAUGUGGAGCGGUAUUCUAAACUUCGAUGGGACGAUCUAAUAUCACGUAACAAAUGGACUCCGAAUUCAGAUAAAAUUUUGGAUGCAGUACAGCAAGCAUUCGCGGUUGCGAAUCCCGUGACAGUAGACAAUAUCACGCUGACCAUAUCACUAAUAGAGCGCGAUGACAGCUUGGUAACAACCAACUGGCGAGAUGCCACAAAAUUUACUUUUGGUCUGUCGUAUCCGAAGAUGGAAAAAGGAAUAUACUGGAAACUGUGGCGUUAUCCGUCCCUGGAUGAACUGAACGGUUUCUUGCAGAGCGUUGCAAACUCUGUAAUUGCCCACACAUGGACUGUCACGGUGCCUACUUCCAGUUAACAACAAAAUUUCAUCCAUCAGUGAGCUACCUAACUCUUCCGGCUAAUUUUUUUCUGCAUCGUAUGCUACCGACAUUGUGAUCACGUUCAACCGUCGAUACAAUACGAGUACAUUAAUUUAAGAGAAAGUUCGGUAAUCACAGAACCUGGUGUUUGUGGAGCAUUAUUUCUGUCACAUCUUUUUGGGUUACUGCAUCCUUUGUAAAUACCAUAAACGAAAUGGUUUUGCCACCUAGUGAUGGGUCAUGAUAGGCUCUAUA